GUGCAGAGAAGCACGCGGACCCUUCCCUGGGAGUCCUCCUCAGCCAACAACAACAGCAACUUCCUCCCCUACCAACACUAUAACACCUACCAUCCUGACCAGUCGCAGAGACACCAGGCCUCCAAGCACCACAAAACCUCUCCCAACAACCCCCCUCUAGGCUCCUCCUUCUCUCCUACCUCUAUGAGUACCUACAGUCUGAGCUCCCUCAACAUGAGCACCCUGCCCAGGAACAUGUACCCCACCAGCCCCAGAGGAACCAUGAUCAGGAGGAAACUCAAGAAGAAGGACUUCAAGAGCUCACUGUCUCUGGCUAGCAGUACCCUGGGUCUAGCAGGUCAGGUUGUUCACACUGAGACGACUGAGGUGAUUCUGGUCAGUGACUCUCUCAUGGGGUUUGGCAUCCAGCUACAGGGGGGGGUGUUUGCCACAGAGACCCUGUCCUCACCCCCGCUCAUCGGCUAUUUGGAUCCAGACAGUCCUGCAGAGAGGUGUGGGAUUGUGCAGAUAGGUGACCGUAUCCUGUCUAUAAACGGGAUCCCUACAGAGGACAGCACCUUGGAAGAGACCAAUCAGCUACUGAGAGACUCCAGCAUCACCAGCAAGGUCUCGCUGGAGAUAGAGUUUGAUGUGGCAGUGAAGCCUGCUGGUGGGGGGCCGUUCAUCACCACAUCUCAGACACCCUCCCUGUCCGUAGUGAAGCCUGCUGGUGGGGGGCCGUUCAUCACCACAUCUCAGACACCCUCCCUGUCCGUAGUGAAGCCUGCUGGUGGGGGGCCGUUCAUCACCACAUCUCAGACACCCUCCCUGUCCGUAGUGAAGCCUGCUG